AUGGAGUCCUCCUCAAAAUUCUAUGCUUAUCUCAUCAUUUGCAUGCUUUUCAUCUCUUCAGCUACACCUAUUCUUGGUUGUGGCUAUUGUGGAAAACCACAUAAAAAACACAAACCAGGUAAAAAACCAAUCGUCACUCCACCUAUCGUUAAACCACCAACCGUUAAACCACCAACUGUUAAACCACCUGUCACAAUACCACCUAUCACACUCCCUCCAGUUGUACCUCUUCCACCUCUUCCAGUCCCUCCCGUCACUGUUCCUCCGGUUGUACCUCUUCCUCAUGUUCCAAUCCCUCCAGUCACCGUUCCUCCAGUUGUACCUCUUCCGCAUGUUCCUCUUCCGCAUGUUCCAAUCCCUCCAGUCACAGUUCCUCCAGUUGUACCUCUUCCGCAUGUUCCAAUCCCACCAGUCACAGUCCCUCCAGUUGUACCUCUUCCACAUGUUCCAAUCCCUCCAGUCACCAUUCCUCCGGUGCUUAAUCCACCGAGCAAAGGAGGGAGUUCAUGUCCACCACCAUCAGCUGCACCUACGCCUACACCAUCACAAGAAACUUGUCCAAUUGACACAUUGAAACUAGGUGCUUGUGUUGACUUACUUGGUGGUUUGGUUCACAUUGGACUUGGUGACCCUGCUGUCAACAAGUGUUGUCCUCUUCUUCAAGGACUUGCUGAAAUCCAAGCUGCUGCAUGUCUUUGCACAACUCUUAAGAUUAAGCUUCUUAACCUUAAUAUCUAUGUUCCACUUGCUCUUCAGCUUCUUUUGUCUUGUGGAAAAACUCCACCUCCCGGUUACACUUGUUCCCUCUAA